AAUGCCAAUUUCAUUGUUAUACUCACUUUCUUUUCUUAAGCUCUCAUAUUUUUUUUUUUCUCGUUUUCAAGUUUGGAACAAAAUUCCACAGUAUAAACUCUAUUUUUCAUUUACAGUGUAAUUAGCAUUCACCUCUUGCUCUCUAAUUACUCUAUAUGUGUUCUUUUUCAAACUAAGACACAGACAUAUAUAUACCAAUUGAUACAAAAUCGAAAAACCCAGUUUCCUCAUAAACCUUUCUAGUAUAGUUUCCUUUUUUAAUUUCUUUCCUCAUUUCUUGUUAUUUGAAAGUAACUCACUAAGGAUUUUCUUGUUCUUUAAUUUUGAUUCACUGGGAUGGAAGAAGAAUGGCAUGGUAGUGAUAAGGCAGCAGAGGACAAAACAUUGGAGCUAAGAUUGGGUCCUCCAGGUGAAUUUCUUAAUUACAAGAAAAAUAUUACAACCAUAAUCUAUAAUGGAGCUAAAAGAGACAGAUUUGAAGAGAAAACAGGAGAUCAUGAAAAGCAAUGCAAAAAAUUUUCUUGCUGUGAAGGAGGAGGUGAUUUAUUAAUUUCUUCCCCAUGGUCAAAAUCAUCAAAUGAGUCUUUAUUACAUUCUUUACCUUUCCAAAAGGAGAAUCAGAGGGAUCAGAAUCAGGAGGAGAUGCAAAAACAACCACAAGAACAUAACUUACAGUGCUUAGAUAAUAAGGCAUGUUCUGGUACUGUUACUGCUUCAUUUCCUGCUGUUACUACAACUAGUACUAACACUUCUCAUCAUAAAAGAGUUACAGCUGCAGCGGUGGUGGGAUGGCCUCCGAUCAGAUCAUUCAGGAGAAAUCUUGCAAGUAGCAGCAGCAACUCAAAGCUGACUGCUACAGAUGAUUUAGCAAACAAGACUUCAACAGAAGACUGUACUAUAAACCCUCAAAAUUAUAACUGCAAAAAUGAUUUAUUUGUAAAAAUAAAUAUGGAAGGUGUCCCUAUUGGAAGAAAAAUAAAUCUCAAUGCCUAUGACAGCUAUCAGAAACUUUCUGUCGCCAUUGAUGAGCUCUUCAGGGGUCUGCUUGCAGCUCAAAGGGAAACUUGUGAAGCUAGAAAUGUGAACAAGAUUGAUGUAGCAAAAGGAGAUGCAGGUUUAACAGGAACUGAAAGUGGGGAAUAUACUCUUGUUUAUCAGGAUAGUGAAGGUGACACGAUACUUGUUGGGGAUGUCCCUUGGCAAAUGUUUGUAAGUACAGCAAAAAGGCUGCGCGUGCUGAAGAGCUCUGAACUUUCCACCCCACGACUUUCGUUAGGUAGAGGAGAGCAAGACAUGACAUCAUCACUAGCUCCAUAGUGGAAAUUGGAAGAUGAAUAUUAAGCUUAUAAAGAAAUAUCAGUGGAGAUCCAAUAAAAUCCUUCUUCAUUAGCAAUGUAAAAUUAAUUCUGUUUUUAAAUAUUUUUGUAAGAUAUAAGCACGUGCAUGUAUAUGUACAUGAAGUUUGGUUCUUUCAGUUCAAGAAUUUGCAGUAGGGAAGUGACAGAUUGAUGUAUGAGGUUGGUUUUUGAUUUAAUUGACAUGAAACAGUAAUAUAUAUGUAUAUAAUAUCAUCAUCA